AUAACACGAGAAAGUGAAUUUCCCCCAACUGCAAGAAAAAAGUUACUCAGCAAAAAACGACAAGAAAGAGCAAAGCAAAAUGGCUGAAGGUGGAAACAGAAGAAUUAUUGUUAAUGUAAAAACACCAAAAGAAAAGAAAAUGAUCGAAGUGGAUGAAGAUUCUGGAAUUAAGGAUUUCAAGGCCUUGGUGGCUGAAAAAUUUGAAGCUGAACCGGAACAGCUGGUUUUAAUUUUUGCCGGUAAAAUUAUGAAGGACACUGAUACCCUGCAAACGCACAACAUCAAGGAUGGUCUAACCGUACACUUGGUCAUCAAGGCAAAGACACGUAAUAAUGAAACCACCCAACGUCCACCGGCUGAUGUUCGUCAAACACCAUUUGGCCUCAACACUUUGGGUGGCCUUUCCGGCAUGGAAGCAUUGGGCGCCGGUUCGGGUACUUUCAUGGAUUUGCAAGCCCGCAUGCAAAGUGAAUUAAUGAAUAACGGUGAUUUGUUGCGUACCAUGUUGGACAAUCCCAUGGUUCAACAAAUGAUGAAUAAUCCCGAUGUUAUGCGUCAGCUAAUCACCUCUAAUCCACAAAUGCAAGAUUUAAUGCAACGCAAUCCGGAGAUAUCACAUAUGUUGAAUAAUCCUGAAUUAUUGCGCCAGACUAUGGAGUUGGCUCGCAAUCCAUCAAUGUUGCAGGAACUGAUGCGUUCGCAUGAUCGUGCUUUGUCGAAUUUGGAAUCGGUCCCAGGGGGCUAUAAUGCUUUGCAACGUAUCUAUCGUGACAUUCAAGAGCCAAUGAUGAAUGCUGCAACGGAAUCGCUGUCACGCAAUCCAUUUGCCGGUUUGGUUGAUAAUGGAGGUGGCAACAAUCCCCAAAUGGGCACGGAAAAUCGUGAACCCCUCCCAAAUCCUUGGGGUGGACGUGGCAACACCACCGGUACCGGCACCGGUGCCGCCAACAAUCCCGAUUUGCCACCACGCGGCAUACUCAACACCCCAGCUAUGCAAAGUUUAAUGCAACAAAUGUCCGAAAAUCCAUCGCUAAUGCAAAAUCUCCUCAACGCCCCCUAUACCCGAUCAAUGUUCGAGGCAAUGAAUCAAGAUCCCGAUAUGGCUGCACGUCUCCUUAGCACCAGUCCAAUGUUGGCCAACAAUCCCCAACUGCAGGAACAAAUACGUCAAAUGAUGCCACAAUUUAUGGCACAAAUGCAAAAUCCCGAAGUAAUGAAUUUACUUUCCAACCCCGAGGCCAUAAAUGCCAUUAUGCAAAUCCAGCAAGGUAUGGAAUCGUUGCGGUCUGCUGCUCCCGGCCUAAUGGGUUCUUUGGGUGUGCCACCACCACCACCCGGCAAUACAAAUACCGAUACGAAUACCACAAAUACCAGUACGAACAGUACAGCGGCAACAGAUAGUCGACCAGCCACAGCACCGGGUGGUGGUCCAAACGCUCAAUUGUUUAAUGAUUUUAUGACAAGGAUGUUGAAUGGUAUGACCACCACAGCGGAUAAUAGCCAGCCACCAGAGGUGCGUUAUCAAUCGCAGUUGGAACAAUUGACGGCAAUGGGUUUUGUUAAUCGUGAAGCUAAUUUGCAAGCAUUAAUUGCCACCUUUGGAGACAUCAAUGCAGCUGUUGAACGACUGUUAUCCUUAAAUCAAUUGUCCUUAAGUUAACAAAACUAAGCCA